UAUAUUUAGGGCUUUAAAUAGUUAGGGCUUUCUGCUUCAGGUCGAAUUGGGGAAAAUGGCGUCUUUUAGGUCUAUCAGGCAGGCUAUCUACGAUAGAGAAGCCAGAAAACAGCAGUACCAAGCUCACAUACAAGGUCUCAAUGCGUAUGAUCGCCACAAGAAAUUCCUCAGUGAUUAUGUUGCCUAUUAUGGAAAGGACAGAUCAACACAAGAAGUUUUGCCUGUAAAAACAGAUCAAGACACACUUAGAGAGGGAUAUCGGUUUAUACGAACUGAGGAAGAUGAUAUGAAUCCAUCUUGGGAACAGAGGCUAGUGAAACGCUACUAUGACAAGCUUUUUAAGGAAUAUUGCAUAGCUGAUAUGACACACUACAAGAGUGGCAAGAUUGGUCUAAGAUGGAGGACGGAAAAGGAAGUAAUAUCUGGGAAAGGACAGUUCAUAUGCGGUAAUAAACAUUGCAACGAAAAAGAUGGUCUAGCAAGCUACGAGGUGAAUUUCUCAUAUGUUGAAGCAGGGGAAAACAAACAGGCCCUGGUGAAGUUGGUGACAUGUGAGAGAUGUGCUGAGAAGCUUCUCUAUAAGAAGCGUAAAGAGGAGCAACUGAAAGAAAAACAACGAAGGAAAAGGGAAAGAUCUGAAAGCGACAAUCACGAAGACGAGCAUGACAGGAGAGAACGGAAAAAAGGAUCAAAAGCUUCUACAUCAGCCGAGGAUCGCAAUAAAACAGACGAGGAUGAUGAGAAUUUUGACGAGUAUCUUGAGGGAAUGUUUCCUUGAAACUGUCUGCUAGUGAUGGAUGAAUGUAUUGAUGUCUCUAAAUGCUCUGUAUACACCACUAUGUAUCUUGUAUUAUUACAACCCACAUUUCCACUCAGUUAGAAGUGGUAAAUGAAAAUUGGUAGCAUAUAUUGUACUCCAAGAUUAAUCAAUACCCAUAUUUAAAGAAAAUGGAAGCACAAGCUUUUUGGUAAA